AUGUCGGUCUCAAGCUUGGAUGAUCCUCUCAAUUUCAUUCGCGCAGAGGACUUCUUUGCGUCAGCACAGCGAUUCACCGGACCUACAAAGAUAAAAAAAGUUCAAAUUUCAUCAAAUCCUCGAAGACCUACCGAUCCUAUUAUCCUGGAACGUGGCAUCGCUCUCCUUUUUGACGACAGAACUAUUUGUGUCAUUCAGUUCAUCAGACCUACACUCUGGAGGGUUAGAUAUGAUCCCACAGUCAAAAGUUUAAAUGGUUAUAGAGACGAAAAUACUAGGACUAUCGUCCAGGAUUACAUGUCUCGGCUUACUCACCAGCUUGAUCUUGAAGAAAGAUGCUACUGGAAUACCACUCUCAGCAUGUCCGGCGAUGGAAAACAUUACAUCUUCUCGUCCGUCAGGUAUAACUCGCCAGAGGACCUCAUGGCUAGCAAAAAUGGGAAGGUGAUCACCAUGAUAUAUUUGUACAAACACCCUUUCCGCAUCCAGGUUGUUCGUAGAUUGCAUGCUGCUCCAGAUAUCUACCCAAUCCCUGCAAGCCACCCUACUCUCUCGGUAGUUCGUGAAGCAGAAAAGGUUGUUUGGCAGACCUCAGAGAAAACUUUCCGUUGGAAAUUUGAAGAACCUUUGGUCAAAAAUAUAGUCUUGGACGUAGUGAAGGCUGGACCCGGCGAAUUUCUAGGUUUUGGAGAACAGGGAGGCAAGAACUUUUUGAAGAAACCCUCUUUCAUGAAUUAUUACAACUUCGAUAAUAUGCUCUAUAACCAGACAUAUAACGUAGGCGCUCUUGAUAACCGUGAGCCAUUAUACCAUUCAGACCCGUAUUUCUUGGAUGUAAAUUCGAAUCCGUCCUAUCAGAAUGUCACGGCGACAUUCAUCGAUAAUUACUCUCAAGUUUGCAUUGACUUUGCAAAGACCAAUGCAGGUCGUAUAAAACUUGCAACAAGGUUCGGUGGGAUGGAUGUCUAUUUGAUGAGUGCCAAGGAUAUUCCAGAGGUUGUAAAGCUUUAUACUAGCAUCCUCGGAAGGCCAAGGCUGAAGCCCAAGUAUGUUUUAGGACAUCACCAAGGCUGUUAUGGCUACAUGAACCAAAACGAUAUUGAACAGGCCGCUCAACGCUAUCGUGCACACGAAAUUCCUUUAGAUGGGAUACACAUUGAUGUCGACUUUCAAAAUCAAUACAGAACAUUUACUAUUGAUCCAAGAGCAUUUCCUAAUCCAAAGGAAAUUUUGAAUGGUGGGCCCGACAACAACGACUACCCUACGCUGAAAGAGGGAUUGGAAAAGAACUAUUUCGUGACGGAUGAUAGAUAUACUCAAGGCACUAGUGGCAAAGCCUCCGAUGUUCAAUAUGUUUGUUACUCGGGGGGAUCGAAGAUCACAAUUGACCCUAAGGAUAUCCACCAGCGUCCAGGCUUUGGAGAUGACUAUAACUUUGAGCAAACCUGGAAUAGUAAGAAGCCAUAUCAUGGAGGAGUGAGUUACGGGGGGGAUCUUGGAGCUGCAGGCUACUAUCCGGACCUCAACGAUCCUGUUGUUCGUAAGUGGUGGGGAGAGCAGUAUGCAUAUCUCUUUGACCAGGGUCUUGAAUUUGUCUGGCAAGAUAUGACAACUCCCUCAAUUGCUACAGCUUAUGGUGAUAUGAAAGGGUUUCCUUCACGCUUAAACCUAACAUCCGACGCAAUAUGUGCGACAGAAUUGAAAAAGCAGCCGGCAAUCGAGAUUUGGGCUCUUUAUUCUUAUAAUCUUCACAAAGCGACAUUUCAGGGUCUUAAUAAUCUUCCUUCGCGUCGGAAUAAACGAAAUUUUAUCAUUGGCCGUGGAAGUUUUGCUGGCAUGCAUCGUUACUCUGGGCUGUGGACGGGAGACAAUGGAAGCACAUGGGACUUUUGGAAAAUUUCAAUUUCACAAGUACUAUCACUUGGGCUCAGUGGAGUCAGCAUUGUUGGCUCCGAUAUCGGCGGUUUCAUGCCUAAUGGGAAUGAGAAGUUUUGUGACCCGGAUCUACUCAUCCGUUGGUACUCAGGCGCAUUUUUACUGCCAUGGUUUAGGAACCACUACGAACCCUAUGCGUACACGGAUUUCAUAAACAAGCAUCCCGAGCUUGAGAGAGAACAAGGAUGGCUCUACCGCUCCGUAGAGGUUGUUUGCAGAUACUAUGUGAAACUUAGAUAUAGUCUCAUUCAACUUCUUUACGACGCGAUGUUCGAGAAUCAGAUCAAUGGUCUGCCAAUCGCGAGGUCUAUGUUGAUGACCGAUACACUUGAUGCAUCAUUUUACAACGAGUGCCAGGAUUACCUGGACAGCCAGUAUCUUGUUCGUCGGGAUCUACUUAUUGCGCCAAUCAUGGACAGCCAUACCUUAAAUAAUGGGCACACAGUCGUGUACCUCCCGGCACCGAAUAAAUGGUACACAUUCAACCUAAGGAUCGAUGGAAGCCUGGGAGUUGCAUUAGAACCAGCUAUUGAAGGAGGCAGCAUGUUGGAUUUUGAUGCACAUAUUUCGAGCGAAAUAUCUCAUAUCCCUUAUAUCACACCGAUUUUCAUUAGAGAAGGUGGCAUUAUUCCUCAAAUAGAGCCUCGUCAGUACAUUGGUGAUGGCAAGAUAAACCCUAUAACAAUCCAUGUCUAUCCCGGAAGAGAUAACACCUAUGAGAUGUACCUUGAUGAUGGGGUUAGCCGGAGCAGUGCGCCUAGUAUCUUACCACAAUAUGCAUCACCCGUCAUGGUUGAAGAUGAUUUCGACGAGGGUGAUUGCGAUAUAACGGCAAAUGACGAAUACCGAGAAGUCUGUAUUCAGCAGAUUACAAAUGGUUCAUCCCGGACUGUCACCAUCCACAACAAGCACGAUCAAUAUGACGCCAGGCAAGACGUGGGGGACACGUAUACUAUUGUUAUAUGGCACGACCAAGGCACUGAUCUCAAACACUGCUCGGUGAGCAUCAAGGACCAAGAGGGUGGCUAUAUUGGCCAGUAUAGAACGGACUACAGACUAGCGGCAACGAUAAUUACUAUCCCCGUACCGGAAGGGACCAAGGACAAGGCCAUUAUAGAAGUUGCUAAUAUAGUAUUUUGA